AUCCUUGCCUUGGAUCGGAUUGCCUUGCGUUGCCGCCCCGUUCCCCCACCGUCUUCCCGGCGGCGCCGAUGCGCAUCCAGAUCGGCGACGACCAUGGGCAACCGCGCGACGAGGCUGGCCACCCCCUGCUUCGCGGCCGGCGGCGGGUCCGCCGAUGAUGUUGAUGGUGGCGCCAUUAAUGGCGGCGGCAUCGGCCACAUCCUGAGCUUCGACGGCGGAGAAGAUGGCCCGGCGGCUUUGUUGGGCGGCGCGACGAUCCAUGGCGUCCUGCUCCCCUCGAACCAGUCCACGCUGGGCGCCUCAUCCUCCUCCUCCGUUCUCAACGCCGACCACUUGUCCGGCGGCUCCUCGUCUUCCAACUCCUUCUCCUUCCGGACGCUCGACUACUGCCCGUCCCCGUCCUCGUCGUCGGGGACGACGAUGGCUUCGUCCGGAGUGCUGUCGCGGCAGGCCGCGCGCACCGACGAGCAGAUCCUCGCCGACCUCUACGCCACGCGCCGCCGCCGCCGGUGCCAGCAGCUCGAGGAGUCGGCCCCCAAGAAUCUCCUCCACCGCCUCCGCCGCGCCCUCGCCUCAUUGCCGCUGCUGCCGCGUGUCCCCUCCAAGAAGAAGACGCAGCAGCACGCCAUAGCGGACACCACCAACGGCAGCGGCGCGAUCGAGAGCAACGGAUGCGAUGAGGAAGACGACAGAAGGGCGCAGUGGGCGAGGGGGGAGGCAGGGGAGGACAGGGUGCACGUGGUGGUCUCCUCGUCGUCGGAGACGGAGAAGAAGGAGAUGUUCGUGGGCAUCUACGACGGCUUCAACGGCCCCGACGCCGCCGACUACCUCGCCGCCAACCUCUACGCCGCCAUCGACGAGCACACCACCUCCCUGAUGUCCGAGCGCGAGGUGCUCGACGGAAUGGCUCGCGCGCUGCGGCGGACGGAGGAGGCCUACUUCGCGGCCGCGGAGGCGCGGGCGGCGGAGUGCCCGGAGCUGGGGAUGGCGGGGUCGUGCGUGCUCGUCGUCCUCGUGCGCGGCGCCGACGUGUACGCCAUGAACGUCGGCGACAGCCGCGCCCUGCUCGCGCGCCGCGACCUCCCCGGCGCCGGCGCCAAGGAGAUCAGGCGGCGGUUCGACGGGGCGGCGGAUGGCGGCGGCGAUCUCGUCGCCGUGCAGCUCACCAUGGACCACAGCACCAGCGCUUACAAGGAGGUGAGAAGGAUAAGGAGUGAGCACCUGGAUGAUCCUGCCUGCAUUGUCAAUGGCAGAGUGAAGGGCUCGCUGCAGGUCACAAGAGCGUUUGGAGCUGGCUACCUAAAAGAGCCCAGGUGGAACGAUGCUCUCUUGGAGGUUUUCCGGGUGGACUACGUCGGGUCCUCGCCGUACAUUACAUGCCGUCCGUUCCUCCGGCACCACCGUCUCAGGCCACGUGACAAGUUUCUCAUCCUCGCCUCCGACGGCCUCUUCGAGUACUUCACCAACGAGGAGGCGGUGGCGCAGGUGGAGGCGUUCACCGCAAGGUACCCCGACGAGGACCCCGCCAAGUACCUCAGCCACGAGAUCCUCCUCCGCGCAGCCAACCAAGCCGGAAUGGAGUUCAAUGAGUUGUUGGAGGUGCAGCAUGGGGAUGACCGAAGGCGGUACCACGACGACGUCUCCGUCAUCAUCAUCUCCUUGGAUGGGAAGAUUUGGAGAUCUUAAUCCAGAUGGAUGGAUGGUUUGCAAAUUAAAUUUUAGUGGUAGCACACAGGAUGUAGUCUAAAGUUUUCCUUUACAAGAUUUUUUUUUCUUGAAUAUUUUUUUUACAGGGAUUAGUUCAAAGCUAAAUUUUGAUACUUGUACGCGAGCAGCGAACAAGCAUGGGAGGUUAUGAGAAUCUUUUGAAUUCUUGAUUGUCGGAUCCUUUUGUUUUGAAACAACGGUCCUCUCCAUCAUAUCAAUUUCCAUUACCGGAGCUACUCCCUCGGAUUCAUAAAAAAUGUUGUCCAUUCUGUAUUAAAUUAGUACAAAUUUUGUACUAAACGGGCGAUACUUUUAGUUAAUCGAAGGGAGUAUGAUUUAGUUAUAUAAAUUUCAAGCAGAAAAGAAAAUGACUCGGAUCAUAGUACACGCUUGGUUCUAAGAAGAGACCUCCGAGCAAUGGCAGAUUUGAAAUGGAACGCUCUUAAUCAAUUCCUCGCAAAAUUGAUUUAGAGCUUGCCAUACCCAAAAUGUCGUGACUACUGUACGCUCAACGGAAUAUUUACUUUACAUACACGAAGCUCGACC